AUGAGUUACCUGGAUGGAGUCCCUUUCAGGGUUCCUGAGAGUUUUAAGGUAGAAUGGGAGCCACUCACAGCCUCCAACCUCUGUGUACCUGAUUGCAGAGAGCUCCUGCUAGGCUCCAUGUAUGAUUUUUCCCUGGAGAGAAAGGUGCUUUACUGGUUAGAGUCUGCAACGAGACAAGAAAUGACUUCGGAUAAUGAGGCCCCUGGGAUGGCCACUGCACCUCCAUGUUGGCUCCUUUUGGUUGAUGCAUUGGAUACAUCCAGUAUGGCUGAAGCUGAGCACCAAGAGGUCAGACAGAAGAACUCCACUCCACCUGGGAGUUGGAACUGUGAGGAGGAUGGAACUGAGGAGGAAGAGGAUGAAGGAACUUCUUCAACUAGUGAGGAUGACAGUGGCCCCAAGGAGAUGCCAUUCCCCAGCACUCCCUGGGGUUCCAGGUCAUUCCCUGAGAAAAGCAAUGAAAGUUCCCCAGAGUCACCUACUCUAAAUCGUCGGAGGAGAUCUUUGGACAUCUUCCACAAUGUGAAGAAUGAGCUGGAGGGAGUCCGAAGGAGGUUGUCAUUACUGGUGCAUCCACUGAGUCGGGCUGUUUCACCUGAGCGCAGAUUGGCCGCCAAGUCCUUGACUUUUUGCCACCACUUCCGGAAUAACAGGACGAUGACCUCUACGGCCCCUGUCCUUGACAUACCUCCCCCAAGUCCCCCACCAGUGCCACCAAGACCAUCCACAGCUGGCUCUAUCCCUCCCAUCCGGAGUCACAAGCCCACGGUCCCAUCUCUGAGCCCAUACUCCUGCCUCCCGCCUCCUCCUGGCACUCCAAGACCUCUCAGUUCCAGUAAUAGCCACCCGGAUUCCACUACUGAACUGCUGUCUGCCCUGAGUCAGGAGGAGCGAGACCUCAUUGAGCCGGUGCUGGCUCUGGGGUACCCUCUGCGCAGGGCCAUCUUGGCUCUGCAGAAGACAGGGAGACAGAGUCUGAGCCAGUUUCUCAGUUACCUGGGCACAUGUGAUCGGUUGGUGAAGCAGGGUUACUCGGAGAGUCUGGUGGAAGAAGCCAUGGAGAUAUUUCAGUACUCCGAGAGCAAGGCAUCGGAGUUUCUGCAUCUCUGGGAACAGUUCAGUGACAUGGGCUUCCAACAAGACAGGAUCAAGGAGGUCCUCCUGCUUCAUGAAAACCACCGGGAGCAUGCCCUGGAAGAGCUCAUGACUCGGGCACAGUGA